AUGCAGCUGCGCUUCAGGGCAGUGGAUGAAGAGGCCGAGCCUUCGCCCUACGAUAGUUCGGAAAAUGAAGAGGCCAAGUGCCUCGAGCUUUACAAGGAGGCACUUGCUCUGCAAAGUGCUGGAGAUGUGCGGGCCUCGAAGCUGCACUACAAACAACUUUUGCGCUCCCCUUUCCUCGCCACCACGAGUCACGGUUCGAGCGCCAACGUGGCAGCGCUCAAGCUCCGCUACCUCUGCUUGAAGAACCUGGCUGACGUCAACGACGCCCAAGGAAACGCCAAUGCUGCGCUCAAGUACUACGUGCAGGCGCUGGACGUAGAGUCGACCGAUGUGGCGGUGUGGUACCAUGUUGGAAGCCUCGCUCGUCGCACCCACCAUACGGCGUUGGCCAGGCACGCCUUCGAACGGGCGCUGUCGUGCAAUCCCAAGCACUGGCUCUCUCUCGAAGCUUUGCUCGAGGUGGUUUUCGAGAUCGGCGAUCAAGCUGGCUGCCGGCGAAUUUGUAAGCAGCUGCUCCAGCUGGACCCGGGUCACACCUCUGCGCUUGCUCUCCUCGGACAGCUUGCCUCUGUUCCUGACCUCACGUGCGAGAACAGCCUGCCUGCGGAACUGCGCACCAAGCGCAAGUGGAAGGAAGUAGCUACCGAGGAAGAUCGAGGAGUCACCGCGCGCCCUUACGACAUCGAUGCCCUCACGUGGGAAGCCCUGGCGGGCUUGCUUCUGUCCAUCUAUAGGCUCGCUUCGCUCAACGGCUCGCUGAGUACGCCGGUCACGAUAGUAAGGACGGCCCGCACGCUGGACAACCCCACCGCGGAGCCCCUUCCACAGGAGCCCACCACCUCCGCCGUUGUCUCGUCCGCGACGGACGACGUGAAGAGUCCGCCACCCCGCAAGCGCUCGCGUUUCAGCACCGAGCUCAUGGGAGAACGGAGGCAAUCAUCCCGCGUCAAGGACAAGUCCAAACCGGAUGCUCCUCAACAAGACGCUCGCUUGGCCUCCCUCGCCUCGUUCUUCAGACAAUGGAGCAGCUCGGCUCAGCAAUCUGACGGCGGUGUUCAAGAAUUCCGGAAGGUGGCAGCAACAGAUGUUUUCCCGCCUGCCCGAGCGGCCGAGACACGCUACGAAUCGCAGGACGUGCGGUCAUCUCUUGAACGGCGGCGAGGCGAAGAAGCAGAUGCGGUGAUUGAGUUCAUACGACGGUACGCCUCCGUCGGUGGCGGCAACAAUCGAGGGAUCAUGGAGCUCAUGCGCGCAUGUCUGGUUUGGGCUUGCCUUGACCUGCCCGACACGGUGCCCUGGAACGCUUUGAUCAAGGAACGAUUGGUGGCCCUGCACCAAGGGGUCAUUUCGCACUCUACGACUCCCCACCCGUCAUGGGUGCCUGCUGCCGAAAUUGCCUUUGACCUCGCCCGCGGCGACCAGUCAGCGGCCAGCUCACGCUUCCUGGCCACCUGCCAAACGACCACCGACCACCUCUUCAUGGAUCAGCCAUUCUUGGACUCUCUCGACGCGCGCCUUCUCACGCGCCUCUUCUGGCUGCGAGCUCGCGCCAGCGCUAUGCGUGGAGAUGCCCAGGCCACCACCAUGAAUCUGCAAGCGUGCCGCACUCACUAUGCCGAAGCAGUACUGGCUUCGUCGGGAGGAGGAAGAGGAGGCGAACGGCACAUUGUCGUCGCAUACCUAGCGGAAGGGAGUGUGAUCGAUGAGGAGACCAUAUCCCGGGUGGAGGAGAGCAUUCGCAGCAAGGUGGACAAAGCGCACGUCUCGAGCGCCUUCCACGCGCGCAAUUACCAGGAGGUGGUGCGCGUGUUGGGUCCCCGCCUGAUGGCAGCCCCCGCCCCCAAACCCAACAACGCAGCGAUGCCGCGGCAGGAGAGAAUCUACCUGCUGGGUCUACUGGCCGAAGCGUACCGCGGCUGUGGCAACCCUCACCAGGCGCUCUUGUGCGGGCAAACGCUGUUGCACGAGACCGUCGCCGACCUGAGCAAUCCCUUAGCCGACACUCGACAGGCCACCCUGUCCCUACUGGCCACCGUGCGCUCCGUCCCACCGGGCACCACAUGGCUCACGCCGCUCAUCCCCGACCUCAAGGAGCUCCUCCGCACUACUGCCCUCCAAGCCGCCGCCCACCCCAACCGAGAGCUGGGAAGGGGCGUCACGGCGCUGGCCCUCUCGACCUACUUGUGCCUGCUGGAGCACGAGUCGGGGUCCGCCAGCAACCACCACCACCACCUGGUGGACUACGUCGCGGCGGCUCAUUCCCAGCUUGCGCAGCUGGGUGCGUGCCGGCACGAAGAUGGCGCCUUCCUCCGCUUGGCCAUCCCGCACCUCUCUCACGUCCUGUCUCGUGAGGAGAGCGAUCGCGCCACGGAACCGCGGACGAAGAGUACGGAGGAGGGCCGCGAAGAAGAAGAGACACGGAAAGCGAGCGAAGACGAGGAAAAGGGAAAGGAGGACGGGAGCGAGAGCGAGGAGAUGAAGGAAGACGACGACGACGACAUCGAGGAGGUGGAGGAAAGGGUCGAGGAGCAGCUGCUCCAGUGCCUCUACUGCCUCUACAACGUGCAGCUGUGCGACGCCAGGAAACUUGACUCCCACCCGGGGCGGGGCGGCCUCUUCUCGCCAGAGACCCCUGCCCAGGCUGCCGCUCUAUUGCGCGCCAUCCACCCCUUCAUACGGCGCCCUGCCCGCCUCCCCGCCGCCCUCAAGGCCUCUGCCUUUGACGCCCUCCAGCAAGUGCUCCACCACUUCCCGCUUCCGCCGGCUUCCCUGUACAAGGACGGGAAGCGGUGGGUGAUGGCGGUGGUCAACGGGGAACCAGAAGCGUCAGCUGAGGCGCGGCCUCCGACCUAUGGGACAGCGGCUGCCGUCGAAGGGGACUUCCACCAAGUCUACGAGAACCUCUACUUCCUGCUGGCCAAGUGCAUGACGAAGAGGGAGCAGCAGCAGCAGCAGCAGCAGGAAGCAGCGGACAGCGCGAGCCGCGAGCGGAGCAAGGACAAGCAACUCCAGACGGCGUGGCUGUACAAGCAGGACCUCUUUGUCAACCCCAGUCGCGCAUCCUCAUGGGCAGCCCUGGGCAAGCACUACGCACAAGAGCUCGAACAGCUGCUCGAUGCCGCCUUGCCUUGGCAGCCCUGCCAGGAUGCGCAGCUGCGGACCCGCGUGGCCAAGUACUUUGGCCGCGCGGAGCGGUGCUUGGAGCAGGCCGUGAAGCUGGAGCCCGAACGCACCGGCGCACUGGAAUGCCUCGGUGAGUUGAUCCUCAACGCUGUUCGCUUCCGCCGAGCCCUCCCCGCGUGGAGCGCCCACAAACGCGACUUUUGCCAACGCGCGCACUCGGCAUAUGAGCGCUUGCAGCGGCUCGGCCCCAGCUGGCGAUACCUCUACUGGAUGGCCAAGCUCGAGCGCAAGAUGGGGGCGCCCGUCGGGAACUACCUGGCGCAGUUCAACGGGGCGCUGUGCCUGGUGCGCACCGAAAGCAAACGAGGCAAUAACAAGUCGGAAUGCCGGCAGCACGAGGCCGAAGUGCUCUACCAGCUCCAUGGCUCCCGCCUCAAAGAGCUCUUUUCGCCGUCCCCCGAUUCAAAAGGCGCCAAGAAGGGAGGCAAAGCAGAGGAAGAAGGAGAGGCUGCAGACACCUCCGCCGAGGCAGCCCAGACCGGUCAAGAGCGACGCACGUUUCUCCUCCACGACGCCAUGUCCGCUCUUGCUCGGCCACACCAAGUCUAUGUCUACUUCCACAAAUCCGUGUACCGCCUGGCGUGGGCGUUGCGCGAGAGCGGGCGUGUAGAGGAGGCCAAGGCCCUACUGGGAUCCAUCUUCAGCGACAAGAAGCUCUCCAAGCAGCUCAUCCAGGUGUGGCGCGUGGACCUGGACGGGCCUGGCAAAUUCGAGGCCUACCGCCGCAAGUACCUCCUGCUCUUCAAUGAGCUCCUCCGAGAUACACGAGACGUCGACCGCUUGGAACUACUUGUGCUCAAACUCUUCAAGGACCCCAUCCUCUCGCAACAACGCGAUGUCCUCGUCGCCUCCUGCUCCUCCCUCGUCCAGGCCCUCGCCGAGCGUAUCCGAGAGAAGUGGUCUAGCCACGAAGACAAUCCACAACCCCUACUUCCGCCGACCGCCACAACACCGAUAGACCUCACAUACGACUCCCCACCGUUAUCGCUAUCGCAGGACGAGGUGAAGACUUGGCUACGGCGCAGCUACGAUGCCUACUUACACGCGCUGAGCGCCUUCGCUCGGCCAGGAGGCCUUCCGAGGGAGGAGGGCGCGGCGGACCAAGAGGCGGAACAGAAGCUUGGUGUCGAUCGCAUGCUGGUGCGUUCCUUCCAACUCUACCGGCUGGCCCAUUCCCACACCAUCCCCGGCGAUGCCGAUGGCUGGAGCGCGAGCCAGGUCGCUUCCUUUUGCCAGAAGGCCUUCAAGACCCGCCCGCCAAGGAAAGUGGGCGCAGAGGACGAGGAAGCCCGGGACUACUCAAACAGGCAACGCGCCGACCCCUCUGACCACCAGCAGCACCAGAGGCAGGACUACCAUCUCCUCGACGAGUCCCUCGACGUGUCCCAGGGACCUCCGCUUUUGGUGCCCCCCACUCCUGACCUCCCGCGCCCCGCCGACCUCCGCAAGAAGGCCGCACGCCGCCCCAAGCCCACCUUUCCCGACCUCCCGCCUCUUUCACCCUUCCGCGCGCCUCCCGCCGCCAGUUCGUCGACAUCCGCGGCCACCACCGAUUCGUGA